AUGGCUGGCUCCAGUAGCCGCAAUGCCUCUUCAUUCGGGGCAGAAGAGGAUGAAGAUGGGGCUCUAAUAUCUACCCGAGGGCUAGAAGCUUUUGGUAGGAAAGUUACAACUACAGCUGGUCAUUUAAUAGGGCCCAUCGAUCCCACCUCUAGCACCCACUAUCAGAAUGCCAUGAGCGAUCUACAUAAACAACUUCGCAGACCCAAUCUUCAACGGAGCGUCUUCUCGUUUGCGAAAACUACACCUACCGAUUUGGUGCGCUCAAAGUUGUCGACAUCGGAGAUUCAGUAUAGGGCGCUGACGUUCUUGCCGGAUGAGUUGUUGAGGAAUAUACCCGAGAAUGAAAAUAGUUAUUCCUUAUUUCAAGGAUUUCAAGCAAGCUUGCCCGAGGCAGGGGAGGAGAAGGGGAAGAAGCAUAGAAGGAGGAUCUCGAGGGGAAGAAAACUCAUCGAUAAUGCUAGUGAGGGGGGUUCGGAGGGGGAUGGACCACCUAGUGUGGCGAAGUUGAAAAAAGAAAAGGAGGCUCUCAAUCAUCGAUUGGAGAUGAUGGGUAUUAGGAAGAACAUGGCAAGUAGUGAGAUUCAUGGAAUCGAUAAUAAAAUCGCAAAUCUAAAUUCUAUGAGGAGAAUAGUCUUGGAUAGGUUGGCGGGGUUGGAACAGGAAGAGUCAAUGUUGGAACAUGAGAAUGUGGAAAAUCGAUUAGAGGAGGCUCAAGAACAAAUCGAAGAUGCGGAAGCAUUAGGGAAAUCCAUUGUUGGGGCUGAGGAAGGAGAUGAUGUCGAGAAUUCAGGAAUGGAAUCUUCAUUCAUGUCGGAAUCGAUUUACGAGAAACUUCCCUCGAGCGCAAGUACAUCUUCCUCGAAAGGAUCAAGAAGACACAAAACAAUUCGAAGGAAAUCUAUGCCAAUUUUACAUGAACAUUUCGAACCUGGGUCUUCAAUUCGAGAAAUUCAAGCACAUGAUGAUAUGGUUACAGCUCUCGAUUUUGAUGUACCAUUUGGUACAAUGGUUUCCUCGGCUUUAGAUGAUACUGUUCGAGUAUGGGAUAUGAAUGCGGGUAGAUGUAUGGGACUUCUUGAAGGACAUACUGCAUCUGUACGAACUCUUCAAGUUGAAGAUAAUAUCGUCGCCACUGGAUCUAUGGAUGCUACAAUUCGAUUAUGGGAUUUAAGCAAAGCUCGUUAUGAUCCUCAAGAUAAAAUAAAGGAAGAACAAGAAGAGGGGGAGGAAGAUCAGCUUGCUUUUGGUGAAGCUUUGGAACGUGAACAACAAACACAUAUUCCGCAAGGAACAAUGCAGGAUUGUCCACUAUUCACACUGGAAGCUCAUGUUGAUGAAGUAACAGCUCUUCAUUUCCGUGGCGAUACCCUUAUAUCUGGUUCGGCUGAUAAGACAUUAAGGCAAUGGGAUUUAGAAAAGGGAAGAUGUGUACAAACAUUGGAUGUUAUGUGGGCAGCAGCACAAGCUUCAGCAACAAUGGGUUCUACUGAGGGUACAUGGCGACAAACUGGACGUUUACCAGAUGCAACAGCUGAUUUUGUUGGUGCAGUACAAGUUUUUGAUGCGGCUCUUGCUUGUGGUACUGCUGAUGGAAUGGUUCGCUUAUGGGAUUUGAGAAGUGGUCAGGUGCAUAGGAGUUUAGUAGGACAUACAGGUCCAGUUACUUGUUUGCAAUUUGAUGAUGUGCAUUUGGUCACUGGAAGUUUGGAUAGGAGUAUUAGAAUCUGGGAUCUCCGAACAGGGGCAAUCUAUGAUGCAUAUGCAUAUGAUGCACCUAUUACAAGUAUGAUGUUUGAUACUAGACGUAUUGUAGCAGCUGCCGGGGAGGAUAUGGUUAAGGUGUACGAUAAAACGGAUGGAAGACAUUGGGAUUGUGGUAUUGGGGCUCAAAGGGAGGCAAGUGAAGAGAUGGUUGAGAGGAAUAUUAUAGAAAAGUGUAGGGUUAAAGACGGAUAUAUGGUGGAGGGAAGAAGGAGUGGUAUGGUAGGGAUUUGGAGUUGUUAG